ACUAUAACUCAUCUCAGGUCUGAAGCGGCUUUAAAAUGCCAGCAAGCCUUGCAUUAGAAACGUAUUUAGUUUUACUUGUCUUAUAUAUCCAACUAACAAGAGGCUUUUCUUGAAACGGCGAUAACAUUGCGACACUAAGCUUUGUACUUUAUGAAUGUUUGAGUCCGAAUCCACUCUUUUGCUACACUGAGAAAGUCUAGAUGGAAGAAUAGAGGCACGACACUCCAAAAGCGAAUCAUGCAGAGAAAUAAUUCCAAAAGCGAUCAGGAUUUCCCUGUAUAUUCGAUCAACGCUCUAGACAUUGGCUCCGCGUUUCCUUUUAUGAUAAUUGCAGUAAUCGGAAUCAUUGGGAAUUCCCUCGUAAUUAGCGUUGUCAGAAGAACACGCAACAUGCACACGACGACGAACUUUCUGCUGGUAAAUCUUGCUGCUGCAGACAUUGUCAUUCUUCUCUGGAAUCCGCGUUCGUUUGGAUUCUUAAUUUACUCUGUUCACCCAAGAGGAGCUGUUGGUGACCUGUUAUGCGAGUUAUACACGGGAAAUGCCAUCAUCAGUAUUGCUCUAGCUGCCGCUAUAUUGACGCUAAUGCUACUUGCAAUUGAGCGCUACAAUGCACUUGUGAAUACAAUGAAGCAGUUCAAAAUCACGAAGCAAACUCUCCCUUUUGUGCUGAAAGGCGUUUGGGUGCUUGCUAUCAUCAUCAGUAUCCCUGACUUUUUCGAGAAUCGCUUCAACGAACGCUACCAAAAAUGCCUCUGUCCUUUUAGCCUUGAACUAGUGAGCAAACAAAAGAUCCAAAUAGCUAGUACUAUCAUUUGUCUUGGUAUUUUACCAUUCUUUGUUCUUUCGUUCUGCUAUUUUCAAAUUCUCCAUGGGCUUUUUGUUACUAACACUAUCUGCGCGGGCAAUACGGGAGUAAGAGAUAAUAUUAUCAAAAAGAAGCUGGCGAAACUUUGCAUGACAGUAACCAUCGUGUUUUACGUCUGCUUUGGUCCCUAUGCUGUAUUUAUGCUUUAUCUAGUAACCAAAAACCGCCAAAAUAUUGUUCAGGAUGAAAGAGUUUUCUCCAUCAUUUUGAGAGUGUUCGAAAUUUUCGUUACUCUCAGCUCGAGUCUGAAUCCCAUGGUAUACGCUUUCCAGAGCUCCAGUUAUAGAAUUGGGUUCAAGAAAAUCUUACGAAGAAAAACUAUAGUCAAGCCGAUUAUUCUAGUGAAAAUCGUGAAUCAAAAUCAUGAAUAAUCAGUACUGCGCAUUUGCAG